CGGAGGAGACGCAGCGCCGCGGGGAAGAUGGCGGCGCUGGGGCAGCUCUUUCUAGCUGCUCCACGAACAAGCCUGAUUGCUGUGAGAUGUGCUUCUAAGAAAGCUGGGGGCAGCUCAAAAAAUUUAGGUGGCCGCAGCCCUGGGAAACGUUAUGGAGCCAAAAAAGCAGAUGGUGUGUUUGUGCACGCAGGCAACAUUUUGGCUACACAGCGGUUGAUACGCUGGCAUCCAGGGGCUCAUGUGGGGAUGGGACGUAACAAGACACUUUAUGCUCUGGAGGAUGGGAUUGUGAGAUACACUAAAGAGGUCUAUGUACCUCCACCCCGCAGCAGUGAGAGCAGGGAGGUGAUCUGUCAUCUACCUAAAGGAGCAGUUCUUUACAAAACCUUCAUCAGUGUUAUCCCUACCACAGAAGUAGGAAGCUUCAAACUGGUCAACAUGCUCUGAGCUUCCUACAUCAUGUAGGAGCAGCAGGUGUGAAGGAACUGCUGGGACAGAUCACUAGAGCUGGUCUGGCAUCUUAGGACACCAUAUGCCUGGAAGAAUAUUCUAGCUCUGAAGAUAUUUGUGUAGGACUCUUCUUGCUUCUAAAGCACACGUGGUUGGUACUUGGGUGCAGGAAUCACCUGCUGGCAUUUAUAAGAGGGUUUAAUAAAUGCUAUGGGUUUCUUGAG